GCGGCCCGUGGCGGCGGCGGGCGCUGGCGGAGGGACCGAGGGGCCGCUGCCGGCAUUGCGGGGGGCCGCGGCGGUCGUCGCCGUGCGGGCGGGGCUGGGUGCCGUGCGCCCACGCCCGGGGCGCUGCCGCCGCCGCCUUCCUUCCGUAGGUAAAUUCACUGUUCCGCAGUGGCGAGGAGGGGGGCCGGAGCGGCAGGUCUGAGGAGUGGCCGCGGCUCACGGAAUAGCAGUUUUGGGUUGUUACAAACUCCAUCACUACGGAAAGCACAGCUCCACAGUGAGAAGGCACCGCUUUCACAAGUUCUGAAACUAUCAGCCAGUCUUCCUUGAAUGCUGUGUGCAAGUCCCUGGUGGAGGUUGCCUAUAUACAUGUUUUCAUGAAGAGAAGUGAGAAGCCAGAAGGUUAUAGACAAAUGAGGCCUAAGACUUUUCCUGCCAGUAGCUAUACUGGCAGCAGCCAGCAGAUGCUACAGGAAAUACGAGAGAGCCUCAGAAAUUUGCCUAAACCCUCGGAUGCUGCUAAAGCCGAUCACAGCAUGGGCAAAAUGUUAUCUGAAGAUCCUAGACAAGGUCGAAAUCCCCCCAAGUUUGUGACAUAUCAUAAAGUUUUGCAGGAGAUCAGAAACUCACUUCUGCCUUUUGCAAAUGAAACGACCUCAGCCGUCAAAGGAACGUCAGAAGUUAAUCGACAAAUGCUGCAGGAUUUACAAGCUGCUGGCUUUGAUGAGGAUAUGGUUAUACAAGCUCUUAAACAAACUAACAACCGUAGUAUAGAAGCUGCCAUUGAAUUUAUAAGUAAAAUGAGCUACCAAGAUCCUCGUCGGGAACAGAUGGUUGCAGCAGCAGCAAGACCUGUAAAUGCAGGUAUGAAACCACCAGGGACUGUACAGCAAUCAGUUAACCGCAAGCAGAGCUGGAAGGGUUCUAAGGAGUCCUUGGUUCCUCAGAGGCAUGGCCCUUCCCUGGGAGAUGCUGUGGUUUAUCGCUCAGAAAGUCCCAGCUCUCAGCCUGAUGUAGGAAGGCCCUUAUCUGGAUCUGGCAUUGCAGCAUUUGCUCAGGCUCAUCCUGGCAAUGGACAAAGAGUGAAUCCUCCACCUCUACCACAGAUAAGGAGUGUCACUCCUCCUCCUCCACCUCCUCGAGGACAGACACCUCCUCCACGGGGAACUACUCCUCCACCUCCUUCCUGGGAACCAAACUCUCAAACAAAGCGCUACUCUGGAAACAUGGAAUAUGUCAUCUCCCGUAUUUCUCCAGUGCCACCAGGAGCAUGGCAGGAUGGUUAUCCCCCUCCACCCAUGAAUCCUCCACCCAUAAAUUCUUCUGCGCCAGGCCAGAGAGGCAUGAGUGCUGUCCCCAUUGGCAGGCAACCAAUAAUCAUGCAGAGUUCUGCCAAUAGCAAAUUUAGUUAUCCAUCAGGAAGAGCUGGAAUGCAAAAUGGCAAUUGUCAGGCAGAAUUCAUAGUUCACCAGAAUGUGGUGUCUGGGAAUUCAGUGAGUCGUCAACCGCCCCCAUAUCCCAUGAAUUCAACCAAUAGGCAAAGUCCUACAGCAUUACAGAUGCAGGCAGGUGGAUCUGCUCCUCCUUCAGUGUAUACCAAUGGAAAUCUUCCUCAGGCAAUGAUGGUGCCAAAUAGAAAUAGUCACAACAUGGAACUUUAUAACACAAAUGUGGCUGGAAUACCUGCAUCCUGGUCACAGCCUUCCCCUGUGCAACCACAGUCAUCACCUGGCAGUGGUCAUGACUUGCCUGCAUGGCAACCCAAUGUUCCUGUACGGUCAAAUUCUUUCAACAACCAUCAUGGAAAUAGACAGAGUCACUCUAGCAGCUCUCAGCCUUCAGCUACAACAGUAACAGCCAUCACACCAGCUCCCAUUCAGCAACCAGUAAAAAGUAUGCGUGUGUUAAAACCAGAGCUACAGACUGCUUUAGCACCCACUCACCCAUCCUGGAUGCCACAACCUGUGCAAACUGUUCAGACCAUUCCCUUCUCUGAGAGUGCAUCUACAAAUAUGGCAGUUAUGUCUCCUGUUGCAGAGGCUCCAAAUUACCAGGGUCCCCCACCGCCUUACCCAAAACACUUGUUACACCAAAAUCCUUCUGUCAAUCUGUAUGAGACAGGACCCAAGCUCAACAAAGAAGAAUCACCUAUUUUAUCCAAGGAGGAUGAGAAUGAGAAGAUCUAUGAAUGUGUUGAUUCAGGAGAUAAAGAAAAGAAACAAAUCACAACAUCACCUGUUCCUGUUAGAAAAAACAAGAAGGAUGAAGAAAGAAGAGAGUCUCGCAUUCAGAGCUAUUCCCCUCAAGCCUUUAAAUUCUUCAUGGAGCAGCAUGUGGAGAAUAUACUCAAGUCCCAUCAGCAGCGCUUGCACCGGAAAAAACAACUGGAGAACGAAAUGAUGCGGGUUGGAUUGUCACCAGAAGCUCGAGAUCAAAUGAGGAAAAUGUUGUGUCAGAAAGAGUCUAAUUAUAUUCGGCUAAGAAGAGCUAAAAUGGACAAGUCCAUGUUUGUAAAAAUUAAAACCCUUGGAGUCGGUGCAUUUGGAGAAGUCUGCCUCGCAAGGAAAGUGGAUACUAAUGCCCUGUAUGCAACAAAAACUCUGAGGAAGAAAGAUGUCUUGCUUAGAAAUCAAGUUGCUCAUGUUAAAGCUGAGCGAGAUAUCCUUGCAGAAGCUGAUAACGAAUGGGUGGUUCGCCUGUACUAUUCGUUCCAAGAUAAGGACAAUUUGUACUUUGUAAUGGACUACAUUCCAGGAGGUGACAUGAUGAGUCUCCUAAUUAGAAUGGGUGUUUUUCCAGAAAAUCUGGCACGGUUCUACACAGCAGAACUGACCUGCGCCGUUGAAAGCGUUCACAAAAUGGGCUUCAUCCACAGAGAUAUUAAACCUGAUAAUAUCUUGAUAGACCGGGAUGGACAUAUUAAAUUGACUGACUUUGGGCUCUGUACAGGUUUUCGAUGGACCCACGAUUCAAAAUACUACCAGAGUGGUGAUCAUGUACGUCAGGACAGCAUGGAUUUCAGCAAUGAGUGGGGUGAUCCAGUGAAUUGCAGAUGUGGGGACCGGCUGAAGCCCCUUGAGCGCAGGGCUGCACGUCAGCAUCAGCGCUGUCUGGCCCAUUCCCUCGUCGGCACACCCAACUAUAUUGCACCAGAAGUACUGUUACGAACAGGUUACACACAGUUGUGUGACUGGUGGAGUGUCGGAGUAAUUCUCUUUGAAAUGUUAGUGGGACAGCCUCCCUUCCUGGCACAAACACCACUGGAAACACAGAUGAAGGUUAUCAACUGGCAAACUGCACUUCAUAUCCCACCUCAAGCUAAACUGACUCCAGAAGCCUCCGACCUUAUUAUUAAACUCUGCCGAGGACCAGAAGAUCGUUUAGGCAAAAAUGGUGCAGAUGAAAUCAAAGCUCAUCCAUUCUUUAAAACAAUUGACUUCUCAAGCGAUCUGCGGCGACAGUCUGCUUUCUACAUCCCCAAAAUUGCUCAUCCUACCGACACCUCGAACUUUGAUCCGGUCGAUCCAGAUAAGUUGUGGAGCGAUGAUGAUAAGGAAGGGAACAGAAACGAUACACUUAAUGGGUGGUACAAAAAUGGAAAACAUCCUGAACAUGCUUUUUAUGAGUUUACCUUCCGAAGGUUUUUUGAUGACAAUGGCUACCCAUACAACAAUCCAAAGCCCAUUGAGUAUGAGUAUAGUAGUUCCCAAAACUCAGAACCGCAGUCAGAUGAUGAUGAUGAUGAACAGACAGGUAGAGGAGUUCAAAAUCGUGACCUGGUUUAUGUUUAGUAGAGGAAUACAUAUUGAAGCCUAAAUAGACAUACUUUGCAGCUGCAGUUUUUGAGAAGUCUAAGAGAAUUGAGAGAAGGUUGCUAGAGUAAGUACAGUAAAUGCAUGCAGUUGGGUUUUUUAAACACUGAGAGUUGCAUCUUCUGUUUUCCUCUCUGUACAUUUUGUUUUCCUCAGACUAUAGGGGAAUCCUUCUCAAAUAUUAAUUUAUUCCAGCAUUGAUAAUUGUUUAAUUUUGAAGAGAUUUGAUGUUAGGUGAAAAAAAAAAGUCACUUGAAUUUUACUCUUACUUCUCUGUACUCUAAGUACUCCAAAUAGGAAAUAGUGAUCUUUUUCUGUUAUUUUUUUCUAUGAUGAUGCCUGGUGUCUAUUUGUACAUAUACUGAAUAAGUUUAGCAAACAAAUUUCUGCUUCAGAAUUCUUUAUGCCAGUUUUUCUUUGCAUUGACCAAAUGUAAACCCUACUUUACACUAAUAAAUCUCUCUGAUACAUUUCUAUAGAGAGGGGGGAAAAAAGCUGCUGUACCUUCACUUCUUAACUGUAUUUUGGCUAAUUACUCACAGUGUUGGAAAAACUGAGCCAUUUAUCUGGUCAGAUGUUUCCAACUGCUGUGGUAGAUCUCCGCUUUGGAACAAGAGAGCUUUCAUCUUUGUUAUAAUGACUGUAAAGUGGUAAAGCAUUAGAGAUAGUUUUUUAUUAAAUAAUAAUUUAAUUUGACAUUAGUAAUGCUGUAACAUGGGACUCCUACUCUCAAAGCAGGACUGCUCACUUGCAAACAACUUGAUUGUCUCCUGUCAUCAGUUCUGUAGGGAUAAGAGAAAAAAAAACAUUUUCUGAAAUCUAGUUUGACUUUUUCUGAGUACAGCCAAACUGUAAAGUGUGUACAGUUUUGCUUUAGAUGGUAUUUUUAGUUUGAAAAAUAAAUUUUAAACAAGUUUCUUUAUUAUGUUUGAGAUAGUAAUGGAAAAGACUAUAAAUUAGGGCUUUGAGACUAUUGUGGAGAUCAGUUUCACUUGGUCUUAAGAUUUCCUCACGGUUACACAAACAGGAGAAAUGUCACACACACCCCAGUCCAUCUGACCCAUCAGUGGUCCAUUUUUCAUAGCCCAAACCAGAACAGAAUUAGAAACUUACAGCUAUCUGCUGCCUUCUGCAUUACUGUUUUCAGAAUCUCCUGCAGCAGAUGAGGAGACACCUGCUUGGGUCUCACGCUGAGAGCAGGCAGGGUGGCAACCCUCUAAGCAGCUUCUGUGAGAGAAGACCAGGAGUUAGAAGUGGCAGAAUGAUGUUAUCUGUCUCCUCCUUUCUCUUGAAGGCUAACGCAGUAGUAAAGAAAAUGCACUAUUUUACUAAACGUAGGUCUUUUAAACCAUUUCCUUUUCCCUGGAAUUGAGUUCCAAUGGAUAAUCCAGUGGUGUGCCUGUAAGUAAGAUAGCUUUCUUAAAACACUAUUUGUGCCGUUGCACUGGCAUUACAACUAUCUAAAAAGGAGUAAUUUGAUGUUCAUAGGAGUUACUGCAGCAAACACCAGUUACUAGUUUACUGUUCCCACCGAGCUGGUUUAGGAAUUUCUCAUGUGCUUCUAGCUAUUCAUUCCCUUCCUGUGCUCCAGUUCAAUGCCUCUCUUUGUGCCAGUGCAGCUGUCAGUUAUACUGUGCUAAGUACCAGAUCAGCGGAAAAACUGCUUGGUGUUUAGCAUUUGGAGGUUUCUUUCUUGUAAGCAUGUUCACUUGAGUGAUCCAGAUUCCAGUAUGGUUCAAAAAGAUUAUUUAUGUAAUAAUUGAGGGAGGAGUGGGUGCAGUGAAGAGGGUUGGCAGCAGAGAAACUUCUUAAAUGGACUUGGUCACAGGAGAAAAAUGUUUGUGGCAGUUCACCCCUCUAUGUGAAGUGCUUAUCAUGGCUAGAAAAUGGUUAUGAAACUUCUCAAGCAGGUAGUUAUCUUCUAUGUUGAAAUGGGUUUGCAGCUUAAUAAAUUCAUUCCAGGUCUGUCUGCCUGUUCUGCAGUUGUUGAAAUAGAGUAGUUUUUUAUGAUUAAUUUCAUUUACCUUAAAUAUUAUAAAAGGGCUGCAGUGUGUAACUACUCCCAUUUCAUAUAUUAUGUAAAAAGAUGAUUUUCCAUGUAAAUAGACCUUAAAGAUUAUCCUCUGUCAUAGUAAGUAUCCCAGUAAAACUGGUCUACUUGUCUUGGAGUAAAGUAUAAUAUAUUACUGGUUAAAAGUAAUUUAAUCAAGCCUGCCUUACCAUUUGUGAAGCGUGCAGAGAAAAUGAUGUGAGUUCUUCAUUAAACUGACUGGUAAAAUGUUCUUUUUAUCUGAAUAUUUAUCCUCUGCCUGUGUUGUGUUAUGGUAUGUUCCUCUUUAACACUAUAACUGAUCUUUGGCCAAUGUGUUUAAAAAAAAAAAAAGGGUCCUGUAAAGGUACUGUACAAGGAAACGCAUUUGUUUUUAUUAGAGGAGAUUACUGAGUCUUUUAAGGACACGUGCAAGUACUGAAAUAUUUAAUAUUAUUAUUAUUAUUUUAAAACAGAUAUUGGAAGAGCUCAUAUCUUUAGAAUUUGGUAGAUGCUUAUGGUAUUGUCUGUUGUUUUGUUAGAAAUUGUAAUAUACCUUAUUUGAACUUUGCCACCUAUAUGCUGCAGUGUAUUUCCUUGCAAAAAUGCAGUGUAUUCAAGUCCAAGAAAGUCAGACAUGAAUGUUGUCACAACUCUCCAACAUACUAUGCCUUACCCAUGUUUUGAAACUUGAUUUUUCAUUUAUAGAUCCAGAGUCUGUUAAGGUUCUUCAUAGCUGCUGCUUAAAACAUGGGUGUUUCACUGGUGACCCAUGAUGGGGAUUGGUUUGCACACGCGGUAGAGAAGAGGGGCUCUUGACCAGCAGCUAUGGGAUUCUGCAAUGAGUUUUCAGCUUACUUUCACUAUGUAAAGCAUGAAAAGAAAUUUCUCCUUUAUGUGCCCUUGUAUACAUAUUAAUUGUAUUUAUAAAAUGUUCUAUAAUCCUAUAACUGUACUGUAAAUACUAUUUGAUAGUCAGUGGUGUUCUAUCCUAGGGCAGGCCCUCUUGCUGUAUCUUUUCUAUCCCUGAUUUGUAACAGAAUCUAUAGAAUAUAUGGCUAGAAAGUCUCUUUGAGACAUGUAUCUUCUGCUGUUGCAAAGCUGUGAGUGGGAAUGAUUUAUUUAGACUCCUUUUAAUGUUAUUCAGCUAAUUAGCAGUGUUGUCUUUGGUGUUUGAGGUCAGAUCUUUAAUGUUUGCUUUAACUCAGCCAAAGCAGAAAGAUAAUAAAUUUGAUCAAUGUUGUAAUAAAA